AUGCUUCUUGACAUGUCGUCGAACAGCCAUCAUGAGCAGCACGACCGAAGAGUGCGUCAAAUCAACGUCGAUUUCCGAGGCUGCAAGCUUCUCACGGAUGAGGAGAAUCAAACCCUGAGACAUGUCUGCGACUCGAACAAUUAUCAGAUCAAAGCUGCGGGCGUCGCUCAGCUGUAUUGUAGCGCUCCUUCUGUCCCGCGGGGCGGACACGAUCACUGGGAUUUGAAAAAAGUUGGCGUUGUUUGUUUCAUAAAAGAUAAUGCGGCCAAGGGGUUUUUCAUCCGUCUCUUCGACAUGGAUGAGAGGAAAUUCGUUUGGCAGCAAGAGUUAUACAUAGAGAUCGAAUAUGAAGUGAAAAUGCCCUAUUUUCAUGUCUUCGAGGCAGACCACUGCAUGGCUGGCUUGAACUUUUCCAAUGAGGACGAAGCAAACGCGUUCAGAGACGCUAUCGUUCACAAGAUCGACCUUCGUCGGGCUCGUAUCGAGGAGAAAAUGCGAGCGAAUGCCAACUUCCCCUCCGGACCGCGGGCUCGGUCCGAUUCUCAUAUGAACAACAACUUCAGCCACAACAAUAACAACAACUCGAUCAACAAUGCGAACAACACUCCAGUACUAACGAAAGAAAUUAAGAGGCUCAAGAGAGAGAAGAAGAAGAAGCUUUCCAAGAUUGAUAUCAGCCAACCAACCAAUUUCGUCCAUCUUGAGCAUGUGGGCCUGGAGAUGGUCCCUGGAGCUGUGUCAAAUAGGGGCUUCGAUGACAGCAAGUUCUACGACUUGGAGCCGAACCAGUACGAACGUGCAGGCAUUUCAAGACAACAAAUGGAAGACCCCGCUGUUCGUCGAGAUGUCCAGAAAGUGAUAGAACACCUUGUGAACAGCAAGAAAAUUAGCACAGACACGCUCAACGCAAUCACACGACGACCCCCGCCUCCGCCAGCGAGGGUUGAUAGUAAACCAGCGGCUCCCCUUCCUUCCACUCGACCGCCCACGAGGGAGCUUCCUCCGGUUCCCGCGCAUGCCAACGGGUGAGAGCACCGGUCUCCCUUGUCCGUCAUCGGCCCCCCGAAACCUAGCCGGGUUCCGCCCUCAGUCUCACAUAAACCUCCGCCCCCUAUUCCUGUGCAACAGCAGCAGAUGCAGGCGGUUCAGCCGGUGCGACUUCCACAACCACCUCCGCCACCGCCUGGAUCGGGUGUCGCACCUCUCCCAUCAGGUUCGGUCGCCGCACCUCCUCCCCCACCGCCCCCACCGCCCCCGCCGGUCAUUAUGUCUUGCCCACCGAUGCCGAAUCUGAACGGUGGAGGUGGUGCCGUGAAGAGCUCGGGUGGCAGUGAUGGGAGUGGAGGAGGUGGUGAUUCGAGGAACGCGCUCCUAGAACAGAUUCGUAAAGGCAGAUCAUUGAAACCUGUUGAAAACGAUAAAGCCUCCAAUUCGACACCUGCAAGCGGUGACGGACGAGAUGCUUUGUUAGAGCAAAUUCGUGCCGGAAAGAAUCUACGACCCGUGGCUAGCCGAGCCCAGCGACCAGACGUCCCGAACAACGAGAAGUUCAAGAAAGAAGUCAAUGUUCUCACCGAUGCUCUCGCCCGAGCAAUGGAGUUGAGAUGCAAAGCAACUCAAUCCGACGACAGUGAAACUUCGGAUAGCGAUGCAUUGGACGACGAGGAGUGGGACGACUAG